AACAUAUAUCACCUUAGUUGUAUUAUUACUACUACAAAUGACACGCCUCUUAAACAAGAAAAUCAUGACUAGGUCAGAUAUGUGAUGAAAGAGGAUACGUGUAAAUGUAUACUGCUUAUAAAAAGGUUUGUGACGAAGAAAACAAGAUGGAGCUGUCACUAGACGACUUCUCAUCAAGAUUAAAAUCGGCAGUGAAAGCAAAUGAUGAGAACGGGGUGAAGGAGCUAAUGAAUCAGUCAAUUGCGCCAGAUGCCCCAGUGGACAAAUUAAAGGCUUUAAAAACAGCAUGUUGUGUAGAUGCGCUGACAAAUAAAAAUCUUCCAAUUGUUAAUCUUGUGUUCACUAAAGAAUUAGUAUUUGAUGCAGGUGCGUUGAAUCUUUACAGGAACUUGGAGUUCAUGAAUGCCGCCAUUGCGUCGGAUUUUGUGGAUGGAGUCCAGUUUCUGCACUCCCAGGGUUUGCUUCUUGAACAUUUAGUAGGUAAGCCGUGGAAUGCUUUAUAUAGAUGUGUUGAGUUUAACAAAGUUGAGGUUUUGAAAUAUCUUCUGACUGUUCCAGGAAUUGAUCUGAAUCCUAACAAGGAUGAACCCCUAUUAACUCUUUCUGCCAGACAUGGACACCUGGGGUCUUUAAACGUCCUCCUUGAUUCUAACGUUAAACGCUAUAUAAACAACAAAAACAAAAGGGACGGCCUGGAUGCUUUAGGGUGUUGUAUUCGCUACUACAAAAGAUCUGAACAUUUUGAUUGUCUUAAAGCUCUCACAAACGCUGGUGCCGACUUUGAUGCUUUUCUCCACAAUCGAACGACACCAUUAUUGUUUGCUGCGGAAAUGGAUCUACCAGAUGUUGUUCUUUUCUUGUUACAACAGGGGGCUAAUAGAAAUCCCCGUGUAUACGGUGAUCAUAAAUUGCUGCAUUUACUUUGUAAAUACAGUGAAAAGAACCCCGAGGUAAGUCGUGAAUGUGUUAAAAACUUGAUAGAUUUUGGCGCCGAUGUCAAUGAGCCGGGAGGUUGUGGUGAAACACCUGUACUUUUAGCUGUCAUUGGGCGAAGUGUGGAGAUAUUGAAAGAAUUAUUAAAGGCUGGUUGCGAUGUGAAUAAGCCGAAUGGAGAGCCACUUCGAGCAUCUAUAAGGCAAUUAUCAGAAGACAUGACUGUUGAAAAAAUCAUUAUAAAGAUGUUACUGGAAGCUGGCGCUGAUGUUAACCUUUUUGAUGAGGAUGGCGUGACUCCUCUUAUGGUUGCUGCACAACAGAGAAACGGGGAACUGAUUGAGCUGCUUAUAUCAUUGGGUGCUAAUGUUCAUGCUUGUGAUUUAUCUGGCAAAUCGGCGUGUCACUAUUCUUUAGAACGUGCAUAUGAUGAUACCAUGAAAAGUAAAGAACUUUUGGAAAUAUUUGUGAAGGAGGGCGUUUCAUUUGCUACUAGCAAUCCUGAUGUAAUUUUAUGGCACUGGAUUGAUCCAACUCCGGACAUUGAAUUUCUAAAAUUUUUAGUGAACAACGGUUUGGAGGUCCACAAAAUUGGAAGCUGUGAAGAAAACCUACUGCAUUGUCUCAAACACGAAAAUUUCACUGAAGCCCUAAUGGAAUAUCUAUUAGAAAUCGGCGUAGAUAUUAAUCAGCAGGAUAAGAAUGGAGACACGCCCCUCAUCAGUGCCGCUUCCGAUAUGAAACAAGAUUUGUUGAAAUACUUGGUAAACAUUGGCUGUGAAGUAAAUACACAGAAUCACCAAGGACAAACAGCGUUGAUGGUACUUGGACAGGAUCGGCAUUAUUUGGAAUUAUUGGAAAUUCUGAUGAAGGCUGGUGCCGACAUAAAUCUUAGAGACGUAAAGGGACAGACUUUCUUUCAGUAUUAUACUGCAAACAACAUCAGUUACCAAUUCGAUUAUCAACAUAAAGAGUUAGAAUUCUUAUUACAAAAUGGUUGCUUACCGUUUAUCGAUAUUGCCAAUCAAAAUGGCGACACUUUGUUUACGAAAUUAUUUAGCGACGAAGACGCGUUUCCUAUGUUAUGGUUUUUAAUAACAGAAAAUUGUUCCUUAAAAAAUCUGCCGACAGCCAAUUGUUCUAUUGCUCCGAUAUUUAUGACAACAGACCGGGUACAGAACGCUGAGGUAUUUUAUGAGAGCGGUGCUCCUCGCGAUCAAAUUAAACAACAUCAAUUCGCGGUAGAAAACAUCAAACUCUUCGACCAUUUUUGUAAUAAUUUAAGUUUGAAAUCAAGUUGUCGGCGAACAAUCAGAGGUCAGUUAGGGUUAGGAAUAAAAGAAAAAGUUACAAAUUUAAAUCUACCUAUCGCAUUGCAAGAUUUCUUGCUGUUGAAAGAUCGAAUUCCAUCUAAAUGCUUUUCACUAUUCGGUCUCUUCGAAAGAGAUGAUUCGGAUUCCGAUUUCAAAGAGUGGUAUGAAUAAAACAGUAUGUCGGCUAUUUAGGUUUUUAUCCAUAAUGCACAUGCGUAUAAACAUGCGCGUCAAACAUGAAUAUUAUCUAGUAUGAUAGACAAAAUGUCACCAAUGGAAUUUAAAUCUCUGAAAAUAUAACACUUGGUUACUAUUGGUUGUCAUGAUGAUGUGCCAUUCUAAAAAGUGUCCACAAGAUAAUGACGUCAUGGUGGAUAUCGGCAGUUCGAUGUUGUUCAUUUGUUAAAAUAUAUUUAUUUUUCUA